AUGGCCUCGCCCGGAGGCUGGGGCCUGCAUGGGCUGACAAUCACCUCGCAGGCCCCGCUCCUUACUGAUUCGACGGCCGGCCGAAAGCCCAGCAAGGCGGUGGGCACCGUGGGUCGCCAUCGCCGCCCUCCUGUCCUUGAUGCAGGUGAGACAGCCAAUAACCAGUGUUUGGGCCGUGCCAAGCGCGGCACCAAUGCGUUGGCACCAGUUUUGAGCCUCCAACGUCACAUCCGGCUUUCAAAGGGCGCCGCUCUUCAGCUGGAUAUGCUGGAGCUCGCUGUUGGAGACUGGCGAGCUGGUAUCGACUCCGAUAUCACACCGCACGACGAGGCGGUCAGAUGCUGCACGCUGGAGACAACGCGUAGCGUAUGA